GUUUCAAGACAGGAUCAGUUUGGUCACCAACUCGACACCUUGAUCUUUUGAGUAGUUCAUUAAGGGUUGCUGAUAUCGCCUUCAGUUAGCAACGGACAGCUGGGGAAGAAACUAGUGAACUUUGUUAUUAUAACUGUGUUCGUCAUUAAAAGAGAGAGAGAAAAAAAAAAUAUUGUACAGGUUGUAUUUCAAUUUAUCACUCGAAGUGUAGACAGCCUUUAUCAUCAGAAUUUUGCUCAGUGCAGGCCUGCUCACAGCAAGUAUUUUACUGUGAUAAUCAACAAGGAACAUUUUAUUGAAGAGGCUAGAAAAGGAUCCAUCAGCAUUGCCUCAACAACAGACAACAUUAAAUAUUUCUCGGACAGCUUUAUUCCAACAAGAGUGCUAACAACAAAGGAACUCUAGUUUUGCAGAGUACAAGGCUAACAAACUACAUAGAUUGAAACUUGCUGUAGGUAUUUUAAAUUGUUUUUGGAAGUAAAGAUAGGGCUAAAGACGGUCCAUAAUACAGACAUUAACCUUCUUAUGGUCAGAUUUCAUUUAUGUACUCUUGAUCAUUAGCUCUUAAACUGUUUGUAUUGGUUUUAGUUGUAUAGUAAGAACAGGUUAUUUUUCUGAACAGUGUAUUUUUAUUACUUUAAUUUAAAUGGAAAUGCAAGAUCAGCAACAGCAUCCUUUUAAAACAAUAUUAGAUACAAAUGGACCUUUUUCUUACUGUGGUCUCCAUUUACCACAGCAUCCUGUGAAAGUAUCCGAAACAGGAGGAGGAUUGUCUGCUAAAGAUGCUGGGAGUGAAAAAUGCAUUGUAUCAGUUGAACCAGCUUUACAAACUCCCGCAAAUACUACUGCUUUCCCAGCAUCCACUAUGUCAUCAUUAAUUGAUUAUUUAAAUGUUAGUAGUACCAGUAAAAGCACUUUGUCUUCAAGUGUAAGCAUAUCUCCAAUUGCUUCUACUUCUACGAGUUUAAUAUCUAACAAUGAUACCACAAGUAUUAAUAACACUGUUGUAAGUAAUGUCACAAAUAACCUUUUGAACACUUCCCCUACAAACAUCACAAGUCCUUGUAAGAACACUGAUGAAACUGGAAUGGCAAGCAGUAUUAUUGGUAAUGUAUCAAGCAGUACAUCAAAAUCUAGCUUAGACAAGACUAAUGAUAAUGAAUUUCAGAGCCAGAAAUCUCCAGCACCUCCAUCCAGGAUGGUAACUCGGAGUCAGACUGCAGCUGAACGAAUGCAGCCCUCACUUGCUGAGGGGGGCCUCUCAAAAAAUGACCCCCUUAGAGCUCGAAAACAUGGCAGGUCUUCAGGAAGUGAUCUUGAUGAAGAGUACAGUCCACACAAGGUGAAAAGAGAAAUGUUGUCUUCCUCAAGAUUUGCUUUUGAUGAUUUUGCCUAUGCAAAAAGUCCAUCUGGAGCUGGUAUUGAUUUUGCAGCUGUGUGUGCUGAUUGUGGUGUUGUGGCUGUAACUGGUGUUGGGUGGACUGCACACCAACAGGCUCACAGAAAUGAAGGUGCUGCUUGUAUAUAUUGCAACCAAGUUUUUCUUACUGAUCAAGGAAGACAGAUUCACCAGCAGCUGCACAGAGAUGGGCAAACAAGGGAUGUCGACGACUUUUGUGAGUGUGGAAUUUGUGGUGGAUCAUUCAUAUCCAUCUUGUAUCUUGAACUUCACUUGCUAGAACUUCAUGGACGUGAGGCUCUCAGAGAUCAGAGGUCUGUACAUUUAGGGCCAUCAUCCAAUUCAGAUCCUUCUUGCACACCAGAAGAUGAAAGUGGUCGGCAAUUAUUCAGAUGUGGUGUAUGCAGGUCUCUAUUCACUUUCAGUCUUAAUCUUGAUUGCCAUAUGGCUCUACAUUCAGAGGUGUCUUAUUGUUGUGCUGUGUGUGAUGCAGCUUUUCCAACCCUAGAUCCUCUGGUCUCUCACUCGAAAGCUCAUAGAUUCAUAGGACAUGUGCCUACGCAACCAGGUGUGCCAGUACAUAUGACAACAACCCCUUUGCCACCUCGAACCCCCCAAUGUUCUAUUUUUCAGCCUGUGACUAAUUCAUCUUUCAGUACUUGGAAACCACAACCUGUUAGGAAUACUUAUCCUCGAUCUGCAUUGACACAGACCACUGCCACAGCUCCAGGAGUAUUAACUUCUCCAGUGAAUGUCCAAGCAUCUCCUGUCACAUCAAAAGUAGCCCAUCAGUCUACAGUGUCAAAGGCAUCUGUGGUGCCACCCUCAGGACCUACAGUGAUGAAUACUUCAGCAUCUCAACCAGCAGGUCCUUCAGUAAUGCCAGUAAUGGCACCUAUGAUGUCCUCACCUUUGAUGACACCAAUGAAUCAAAUGAUGACACCACCAAUGGGUCCAGCAAUGACUCCAGUCAUGGCAGCUCCUAUGACUCCUGCCAUGCUUAAUUAUUGUAUGAUGAUGUCUUUGUGGGGAGGUGGUAAUAAAUCUUGUGGUAAUCAAGGAGGGAUUCCCAUGUGGCAGAAUUAUAUGAAUCCUUCCAUGGCAAAUGUAAUAAAUUACUUUAACCCUUAUCUUUUGAAUAACCAUAUGAUGAACAAUUCAACUGGCACCAAUGAAGUUAAUCAGUCAUUUCAAAAUUCAUGCUGUAAGCAAGAUAAUGGUAGUAACAAGGAACAUGAACAUGAAACAAUUGAAGCUGGUGCCAAGUCAGAAAGCUGUGCAGCUGAAGAGUCAGCAAAUCUAAGUUAGCUGUGAAAAUAUAAGUAGAAAUGAUUUAUUUUUUUGUCAGUACAGGUAAAUUUUAUUUUUAUAAUGCAGUUUUUCCUGAAAUGUAAACACUUUUUUUGUCUUCUUAAGUAACUUUAAGAAAAUGUUUAAUUUUCUUUAAAUUUUUUUCCUCAAUUGAUUGUUUUCUGCUAACUCAUUUGCUUAUUGCAUACAAAUCUAUUUGUAUGUAUGAUACAAAAUGUAAAUGGUAUAAUUUUAUUAAGUGUAACAAAAGUUUAAUUCAUUAAUAAGUUACAAAGUUUGAA